AUGGAAAAUAUCCUUCAAGAAGUUCCAAUUCAAACUCCAAUAAUCGAACCUCAAUCCACCAAAACACCAACUCCUCCACCACCUACGGUUCAUCAUCAUCAUAAACCCUCUAAUGAAUUGCGCAAACCUGUCACUCCAGAUCAUCUUAAACUCCCCAAAGCAUUCAAAUAUCCCGAAAGGUAUACAAGUCCAACUGAUAUGAUGAUGUCCCCGGUUACCAAAGGCCUUCUUGCCAGAAAUAAAAGGGCUGCUGCAAAGUUACCACCUGGAAUUGGAGCUGCUAAAUAUCAACCCAAGGUUCCAGAGAUGUGCUUGCAGGAUGUGAGUACUUUUCAAAACAAGCUUCCAAUGAUGAUUGAUGAGAAAAUCAACUCAACUUGA